CCAAUUCCACAAUUGCAGAGUAUCCCAUCGUCGAAAUAGUGUCUCAAAACCAACUCCAAUUCCGCAAAUCAAAGCCUCUCAGGCUGCUGCCUCUAUCUUCUUCGCCAAUCCCAAUGUCCUUGCAUCUUAGGCGGUGACCCCAAGCCGCUUCGCCGUCGUGGACACCGGCAUUCUUGGCUUUUCAGAUUCCUCCAUUGCAAUCAUGUUCCUCACCCACUAAUGGGUUCACAAAGAUCUCAUGAUUUGGGUUUCAAUGAAACCCUCUGCGGUGAUAUGUGCCCACGACAGUCAGAGGCGGUAGAGGUUAUGGGUCUUGUCAGAUGAGGAAUAAGUGGAAGAUUUGUAGAGAAGGCAGACGAAAGACGGGGCUCUGGGACUUAGACGAGGAGAAGACAAUAGAGAAGGAGACGGUCUUAGCAAUCCGGUUGAAAUUGGGGAUCUUUGUUAAGAACACCUAGCGAAGUAUAUAAUCCGAGCGAGUCCGACCUAAGCUCAUUAAACAUGAUCCUUGUCCAGACCAAACAAGGGACUACACUAACAAUGAGUCUAGUCCAGUCCAGUCCAGUCCCUCUAAUCCAGUCAAACAUACACACCCUAAAGUUCCUAAUGAACGGCAUAUAAUCGUCUCCCGAGAGUCCUCCGCUGGUACCCAAAUGCCUCCCACGUCGAUCUCACGCUCUGCCCGCGAGUCCUGGACGCCUCCCUCGCCGCCGUUCAAAUGCCUGCAAGUUGAGCCUCCUUUCGAUAGAUCUUUCGCGGUCGAAUUGCUUUUACGGAACUGGGUUACUGUGUUUGGCUGCCAAUUGCUAGAAUCUUGGUGGAGAUCAACUUGUCGAACGCCACCGAGCUCAGAGACUCCGCGGCCGCGGCUCUGGCUGAGGCGAAGAACAUUCAAAUGCCUGCAAUUCAUCUUCGUUAUUCUUUUUUCUUUUUUUAGCUUCUAAUUAUACAAAAAGAAAAAUUGUUUUUUAUUAAUUAAAUAUUUUUAAUUCUUAUAUCAAUAUUUAAUAAGAUUUAUAAGAGGAGUAAUGUGACACGUUAGCACGUUGAUUUGCGACAUUCAAUUUUAAUUUCAGGAGCAUGUUGGCCCAUUUCAGAGAUAAAAACCCAAAACCGAACAAAACAAAGGGAAAACCAGAGUUUGAGGAAACGGUCACGAAAUAUCAUCGUCGAAGAGAACUAGAGAAGCGAAAGAGAUCGAAGAAAAAGCUCGAUUGCAGGAUUGCCGAGCUCCGACGACUUCCAUGGACAAGCGAGGCAAACAUCAGGUUUCGUUGAGAGGAGCGAGCGCCAAGGAGAUUACCAGAGACGCGCUUCUCGAGAAGGUCUCUCAGGAACGAGAGCUCCGUCAGUACGCCCGACGGGCCACGGUUGCUGCGCUCUUCAUUCAGAGAGAGUGGAGGCGCUACAGGGCCGUGAAGAUGGCCGCGUUGGAGGUUCGAGGAGAGUGGGAGAAAGUGGUGGAACAGUAUGCUGAGUUAGCCUUCACUGCAACAUGGAUUUCCAGCAAUGUAGUGAGGCCUUUUCUUUUCUUUAUUACUUGUUUAUCUACUUGGCAUAGCAACAUUCAAACUACAGAAAUGUGCUCUAUGAAGACCUGCUUUCAGAUUCUACUGGAAAGCGUGAAUUCUACUGAUUCAAAGAAGAACUUUUGUUCAUUGGCAAUCGGCACUCUUGAAGAGAGUAGAAUCUGGAGUUAUCAGUCAAGGAAGCUGAUUUCUCUCUGCAUGUUUGUUCUUUCUAAGUGUGACACGUCCCGUGCACGGGAUCAAGUUAUUGUUGCUCUCACCUCCUUAGCAAUGCGUUUUGUUGUUGUCUUAACUGAUUUCAAAGGAUGGAAGAGCGUUGCUGAGCAUGACUGCCAGAGUGCAGAUGCGGCAGUGAAGUAUUUAGUUCGAUUUAUGGGGACUGGUGAAAGUGGUCUUUACCAAUCUAUUAGAAGAUACAUUAGUACAUUGGAUGCUCCUGGAUUUUCACGGAUAAGCAGUAACAUACAAAGAGAUGAUAGUUUUCUGAUUACAGCAAGUACAAUAACUUUAGCUCUCAGGCCAUUUCAUCUAGCAAAGUUUGAUUCAGAUGGCCCUGGCUCAUUGGAUGUCCAUUAUGUUGCCGAGAAGUACUGCGUGUUUCUACUUACAAUUCCUUGUCUUACCCAACGCCUUCCAGCUGUGCUUAUAUCUGCUAUGAGGCACAAGUCCAUUCUCUCACCUUGUUUCCAGACAUUACUGAUUUUGAAAGACAAAAUACUAAAGGAGAUGUUAGAUGUGGAUCAAUCAAAGGUUCAUUUUCUUCCGAAGGUGAUUCCCCCAGUUGGUUGGGCUCUUGCAAACAUUAUAUGCCUAGCAACAGUGACAGAGAGUGAUUCCGUUGAUCCUGGAGGGUUCAAUCAAGAUUUGGACUCUGUCUCAUAUGUCUGUGCUGUUAACACUCUUGCAGAAACCUUAUUGUCUAUGCUUGAGAAUGUUGACUGUGUCAAGGAUAAGCAGGCUCUCCAAAGUGAUGUUGAAACCCAUGAGAAGCCCAAUACAGUUUUAUGUGAGGGUGAGACGGGUUCCUUUAAGAUGUACUUGGAUAUGUUUAGGCCUAUUUCCCAGCAGUGGCAUCUUACAGAUCUCUUGGCAACAAUGAAUAAAGUUGGUGAUAUUCAAGGGUCUGAGACUCUGACACCAAAAAAAAUUGAACGUUUAGGGAAGUUGGAACUGCUAGAUAUUGUGCAUUUAUAUUCUUACAUGCUCAGAAUAUUUUCAUUCUUGAACCCCACAGUUGGGUCUUUUCCUGUCCUUAACAUGCUCUCUUUUACUCCUGGGUUUCUUGUGAAUCUGUGGAGAGCCUUGGAAACUUACCUUUUUCCUGGGGAUGGUCACACUGCUCCUGAGCAUUAUGAUUGUAUCACUAAAAAGUCUGGUGGUGUAAAAAAAGAUGAGGCUUUUGAGAGAAAACUAAAACACACCAACAAUGAUGGAGUUAAUAAGUGGGUCACUGUUCUUCAUAAAAUUACUGGCAAGUCGCAAGCAGGCAUUGAUAAUACAAAUUUGAGUGAUAGUCAACCUAAUCCUAGAUCUGUUCAUGAGGAUUCUUCUGAUGUUUGGGAUAUAGAACCUGUGAGGCAUGGCCCUCAAGGUAUUUCAAGAGACAUGUCAUGUAUGCUUUAUCUUUUCUGUGCAAGUUAUUCGCACCUGCUUUUGAUUCUUGAUGAUAUAGAGUUUUAUGAGAAACAGGUGCCAUUCACACUGGAGCAACAACGGAAAAUUGCAUCUGUUCUCAAUGCAUUAGUUUAUAACGGAUUUUCUCAAACUAUUGGACAGCAGGAUAGACCCCUUAUGGAAUCUGCAAUCAGAUGCUUGCAUUUAAUGUAUGAAAGGGAUUGCAGGCACCAGUUCUGCCCCUCUGUUUUGUGGCUUGCACCUGCUAGAAAGAACCGCCCUCCAAUUGCUGUAGCUGCCAGAACUCAUGAAGUUUUCUCAACAAAUGUAGGAUCAGAUGAUGCCCCAGUCAUUCCAAGUAUAGGCUCUGUUAUAACUACAACUCCACAUGUAUUUCCAUUUGAAGAAAGAGUUGAGAUGUUUAGAGAGUUUAUCAAGAUGGACAAAGCCUCCAGAAAAAUGGCUGGUGACGUUGCUGGACCUGGUUCACGAUCAGUUGAGAUAGUAGUUCGCCGUGGUCAUAUUGUUGAAGAUGGAUUUCAGCAAUUAAAUUCCCUGGGUUCAAGGUUAAAGUCAUCAAUCCAUGUUUCAUUUGUCAGUGAAUGUGGCCUUCCGGAGGCUGGCCUGGACUAUGGUGGAUUAUCUAAAGAGUUUUUGACAGAUAUAUCAAAAGCAGCCUUUGCUCCUGAUUAUGGGCUAUUUUCCCAAACCUCAACAUCAGACCGACUUCUAAUGCCUAAUGCGUCCGCAAGGUUCCUAGAGAAUGGUAUCCAGAUGAUUGAAUUCCUUGGAAGAGUUGUUGGCAAAGCUCUUUAUGAAGGAAUUUUGCUAGACUACUCCUUUUCACAUGUUUUUGUACAAAAGCUGUUAGGUCGGUAUAGCUUUCUUGAUGAACUAUCAACACUGGAUCCAGAGCUUUACAAGAAUCUCAUGUAUGUGAAGCACUAUGAUGGUGACGUGGAGGAACUCUGUCUUGAUUUUACAGUAACUGAAGAAUCAUUUGGGAAACGGCAUGUCAUUGAGCUUAAGCCUGGUGGAAAGGAUACUACUGUGACAAACAAGAACAAAAUGCAAUACAUUCAUGCAAUUGCUGAUUAUAAGCUUAACCGACAGAUAUUUCCUUUUUCAAAUGCAUUCUAUAGAGGGUUAGCUGAUCUCAUAUCACCAUCCUGGCUAAAAUUGUUUAAUGCAGGUGAAUUUAAUCAGUUGCUUUCAGGUGGAAACCAUGACAUUGAUGUGGAUGAUUUAAGGAAGAACACAAGGUACACUGGUGGUUACUCUGACGGGAGCCGAACGAUUAAAAUUUUUUGGGAGGUAAUGAAAGGUUUUGAACCUAAAGAACGUUGUAUGCUUCUAAAAUUCGUCACCAGUUGUUCUCGAGCUCCAUUACUUGGAUUCAAGCACCUGCAACCUACUUUUACAAUCCAUAAGGUUGCAUGUGAUAUCCCUGUCUGGGAUACAAUGAGAGGACAUGAUGUUGAGCGGCUUCCAUCAGCCUCAACUUGCUAUAAUACUCUGAAGCUUCCAACUUACAAACGUCCAAGCACUUUGAGAGACAAACUUCUAUAUGCAAUCAGUUCCAAUGCAGGAUUUGAACUUUCCUAAGGAUUCAUAAUCAUAUCCAGAAGAGGCUGGAAGAUAUUGAAGACCACAAGCUUGAGGCCUGGAAGCCUAUUCUUCAAAUCUUGAGAUGUGCUGUUUAGCUUAUUGUUGAAAUAAAUGGCAUCUUGGUUUAACCUUGGGACACAUUCGUUGGUUCCAGAGCCAAACAUUGUGAUUGCUGCUGGCAAACACCCAAUUGGUGGUAAGUUUGUGACUCCAAUCCUUCGUGCUCCGAGUGCAUACAAAUUCUGUCAAUGUGCUGCUUAUGUCAUGAGUGUAUUUAAAGAAACAGAUAGACUGAUGUACAAUUUGCUGUAUCAAACAUAUCCACUAUUAUCAUCAUGCAAAUCUAUUUCUAUAUGAUCACUAUGCAUUUAAA